AUGGCUGCUGUUGGUGCUCUUAUCCUUCUCCUCCCAUUAUCAUGGGCUUGUGCACCACAGAAAGCUGAUUAUGUUAUGGUUUCCUGUUUCCCAAAUGCCAUCAUUGCCAAUGUGCCUGAGUGCCCAUAUGGGUGGGAAAUCAAUCAGUUGUCUUUGGGUGGUAUCUGCUACUCAGGGGUCAACACACCCAGCUUCUUCCGCUUUACAAUUCCUGACCUCACACCCAAGAACCAUUCAUACUGUGGCACUCUGUCUGAGUAUAUUGGAGGCAAAGACCCGAGGUACAUUUUCUACAACUCCAUAGUCUCCAACGACUCCUCACUCACCGUCCGGAACCAGCCUGUGAACUACACCUUCAGCUGCAUGUACAGAGCAGCAUACUUGGUCAACAACGCUGUCUUCAGCCAAAGAGUGGCAACAGUUUAUGUCAACAAUGGAAGUUUAGGUUCUUUUAAGUCUCAAUUGUCUAUGAACGUGUUCACAAAUUCGAAAUUCCUGUAUGCGAAAGAUGCUCCAUAUGUGAUUGACACAUCUGAAAUUGGCUCAGAGGUCUUCAUUGGCAUUGAGGCUAAAGGACUAAGUAACAGGUUUAAAGUGGUUAUAACAAACUGCUGGGCAACACCUACUCCUUAUCCAACAGACAAGAAAAGGUGGAGUUUAAUAGUCAACAGUUGCUCGUCAGAUAACACAGUGACCAUCUUUGAGAAUGCCAAAGACAGCCGCUCCAUGUUCAAGUUUAAUUCCUUCCGAUUUCAACGAUUAGAGAAGGUAUCCACAGUCUGGCUCCACUGUGAGGUUCAAGUGUGUGAUGGUGAAAAGCUAUUUUGUCAGCCGACUCCAUGUUCUACAAAGAGUACCAAAUUUGCUGAAGAUUCAAAUGGAGGCAUCUUGACAAUGGAAUUUCAACUUAAAGCUCAACAUUCUUCCAGUUAUACACAUCUGGCAGGAACAUUUCUAUGUAUGCUGUGUAUUAUUCUGUUGAAUGCAGUUUUAGGUUAUACAAGUUUGUAA